AUGGCGCCCAGUCAGCUACCCAGCAUGCCUAAACAGGCAACACCUAAAACCACCAUUUCCUCUCGUCUCAUGACGAUGAAGUUCAUGCAGCGGGCUGCUGCCGCUGCCGCAACAGCAAGCGACGCCUCCUCGCCUGCAACGCCACAGAGUGACGGCGGCACGGCCAAGCGCAGAAAGGUUGCCCACACUCCGUCGGAUGCAGGCUCACCCGCCACUCUACUCUUCGACCAACAAGCCAUCAAGGCUGUUCUGGAAGAAGAGGAGAAGAAACGUCAGGCUGCUAUCGAGAAACGUGCCGCCGAGCUCGGCGAUUCGCACUGGGUGCUCGAAGAAACCCCAGCACUUCCCAAAAGAAGCGCGCGCCCUAUGUUGAACGUCAUCCAAGUUAGUUUUGCUCAGAUCGACAAGGCUGCCUCAUCUGGAGCAGACGAUGAUGAUGAUCCUUUUGUCUUGGGUGAUGUCCCUGCUGAGACCAGGAUUCGCCGUAGCGACAAUAGCGAUUCUGACUCCGACUCGGAUUCAGAAGAUGGUUCCGAUACCCCUCGCUCAGCGACUGACGAUCGAGAUCAGACCGACCGUGGUCGCCAGGAUGCCGUAGCCAACUCUGGGUCCAAGCGGCCGAGAACUAGCCUCUCUCUCCGUAGAGAAGAGGAACGCAAGAGGGCCCAGCAGUUUGCCAUCAAAAGGCGGAAGAAAGAGGUCAAGAUGAAUCAACCGACCUCCAUCUCUGCGGCGGGUGCCCUUGGCUUUCAACGUUCCUCGACAGGCAUUUCUUGCCAUGGCUGCGGGAAGCCGGGCCACAAGGUGGCCGAAUGCCCGAGCAGGAAACGUUGA